UUUCAGUGUCAUCUGUUUAUUUCUGCUGUUGCAAAUACCCUUAUACAUAAUGUCCAUGCUUUUCUUUAACUGGGAAAGAAGCAACGUGCUGUUUUCACUUCUACUCCUUUUCAGUGAAGAUAUUUAUGGAAUCCAAAGCUCAGAAUGUAGCCGAAAAGAAAAUGAUGUGGAGUGGACUGCCCCUUAUAAUUUUUUACUUAAUAAAACAGCAAAAGAAAUCAAUUAUGGCACUCUUUUGGUAAAGAAAAAGAGAAAGGAAGAAAUGGAUUCAUGGAUUACGGUUUAUUCUAGCAGUGACAGGACUUUGAGGGACGAUGACAUGAUUCAAGUGAUACAUGGCAAUCUGCACUUCAAGAGAAGUGGGUAUUAUGAGGUUGUAAUUGAACAUACUGACUACAGUGUUGAGAAGAUAGGACUGCUUUGCAUUAAAGAUGGUGUUCUUCCUGUAUACCAUCUAAAUAAAGGCAUUUGGCACCCUGCAUUCAUCCUUAUUGGGGGAGUAGCCACUGGAGCCACUAUUGUUGUGGCAACUAUCCUGAUAAAGGAAGUCUUAAAAUGCAGAAUGAUUCCAUAUGCAAAGCACUGUUGUGCAAAAAAUGAACUGAAUCAGGAGGUCACUGCAUUACAGCAAACAGACAUCGAACAGGGUACUGACCCAGAAAUUCAGUCACUGUGAACAACUUUGUUGUAGAAGUUAAAGAAGAAUUUAAUGCAGCACAAAAUAGUUUUGAUGGGAUACAUGUCAAGAUGUCGCUGCUACCUGAUGACCUUUGUCAAUGUUAUACUUCUGGUCCAUGCAUUUUAAAAUUUUCUAUAGUGUUAGACCUCCUACGAUGCUAUAUAUUUUGAUUUAUCUGAUACUCUUCACUGUUACUAAAUGCUUCACUAGACGGUUUGGUGUCUUAGUAGAUUAAAGAGUCGGCAAUUUGAGUUCAUCGAUAAGUAGUAAAGAGAUGGGAAGGAGCACUAAAAGUGAGCUGUAGAAGUUUCCAGAGCAGAUAAAAAGCAAUGGGUACAUUACAGUACAGCCUUGAGCUGUAUUACUCUCUGUGUGCUUGGCAAGUAGACAGUACAGCCUCAAAAGGGCGUCACAUUUGUAUUGACUGAUGCUACUUAGAAAGUGAUUUCUGCUGAUUUUUUUAACAGAAAUCAAUUUUCAUUGAAUAUAUAUUUUAUAGUUAGCUAGGUUAGAUCUUGUCAUAAUGAACUGCACUGUGUUGUCUCAGCAGAUUACUCUUGGGGGUAAAAAAGAUGGGUAUGCUAAACUUAGUAGAGGUAACGGGGUAACAGGGAGUAAACUCUGCAUCGUAUAAGAAGUCAUAUUGUAUAUAGCAUAACAAACUGAAAUGAAACUCUUUGUAAACACUGCA